GUUGCGCAUACCUGAUUAAAUAUAAUCCAAUAUCAACUCUCUUGCACAUCAUGGGUAAGCAGGGCACGCUAGACGCUUUCAUGCGUCGAGGCGCUCAAGCAUCUUCAUCUCCCGCAAGACCGCGGCAAAACUCUGAGACUUACAUACCCUCCGACGACGCAGAAUCCGUUGUCGAGUUUCGCGAUGACACCAUCCCAGAAGUUGUUUCCCGACGCGCCGCAGUCGUUAUAGACACUAACCAGGUCCGCAUUCGUCCGCCGCACAAAUCGAUCGACUCGAGCGAUCCGCCCAUGAGCGAUAUCAACGAGAUGUUUCGCGAUCUCCUAAAGCGAUUCCCUGAUUUCGAACGCGUACUCGAAUUUUUCCAGACGAAGGAGGCACUUAAUGUGGCCACGAUGUGCUCCGGCACCGAGAGCCCCCUCCUCGCUCUCAAGAUGAUCGAUAAUGCAUGCUUCGACCUGUUCGGCAUUCAUCUUCGCACCAAUCACAUUUUCUCAUGUGAGAUUGUUGACUACAAGCAAGCAUAUAUCGAACGCAACUUUCAGCCCAAAAUUUUGUUUCGUGACGUGUGUGAGCUGGGCAACGAGAUGGCUACGACUGCCUAUGGUUCUCAGAAGAAGGUACCGCUCAAUUGCAAUAUCCUCAUCGCAGGCACAUCAUGUGUCGACUACUCCGCCCUGAACAACAAGCAGCAGAAAAUUACCGAUAACGGCGAGUCCGGUCGUACUUUUAGAGGAAUGAUGGGCUACGUCCGCCGUGCCCGGCCUGCGAUCAUCCUCCUGGAGAAUGUCUGCAAGGCUCCCUGGGACCAGAUUGUAAAGUACUUCAAGGAGGAGGGCUAUGCCGCCACCUUCACCCGGUUCGACACAAAGGACUUCUAUAUCCCCCACACGCGCAAUCGUGUAUACCUCAUCGCCUUUGAUGCUCGCAAGGGUGGGAGCCCAACUUGGUCCCUUCCGGAGAAAUGGCACGCCAAAGUCGUUCAGCUGAAGCGUCCCGCUUCCAGCCCGUUGGACGCGUUCCUCCUUCCUGCUGACGACCCACACAUCCACCGCGCGCGAGAGACACUUGUCAAGGAAGCCAGACAAGCUCUGAACCGCGGUAGAGCCAGGAUCGACUGGAGCAGGUGUGAAGGCCGUCAUCAGCGUGCUAGACUGAACGAAGAGCUGGGCACCAGGAGGCCAUUCACUUACUGGGAAGAUGGCGCGAAGUGUAGCAUGCCUGACUGGACUUGGCGCGACUGGGGCGUCAUGCAAGUCGAGCGUGUUUGGGACUUGGUCGAUAUUACCCUCCUCCGUUACGCCAAGGAGGACUGGGAUCCGUCGUAUAAAACACUGGUGUGGAACCUCUCACAGAACGUCGACCGGCAGAUCGGUUCGGGUGUCAUUGGCGUCGCACCCUGCCUCACACCCAGUAUGAUCCCGUACAUCACAAACCGUGGUGGACCGAUGACUGGUCUCGAAGCGCUCGCACUGCAAGGCCUCCCGAUUAACGAGCUUCUGCUCACGCGCGAGACCGAAGAUAAUCUCGCUGAUCUCGCUGGAAAUGCGAUGACCUCUACGGUCGUUGGUAGCGCCACUAUUGCAGCCCUCUUCGUAGGGCUUAAGCACCUGUUCCAGGAUAUACCCGACCGCGAAAAGGAAGAUGAGGAUAUGGAAGGCGAGACGGGAAUACAGGCUCACAUUGGUGGGGAAGAUCGGCUUGCAUCUCACCCUCUCGACUUGGCAGCCACCAAGUCUAUCAACCUCAAACGUAUCUUCGAUAUGGCCCAGCGUAGUGCUCGUCUGUGUAUCUGCGAGGGACGUUCUGGGAUGACCACCGACCUAGUCCAUCGGUGCAAAGACUGUCUUGUUACCACUUGCUCUCGCUGCGGUGGUCGGCCAACGCACAACUACGAAGCGUACACGAUCGAUCGCCUGUCUCCGAUCGAUUUCGAGAAGGAGCUCAAGGCGGCGUUGCCUAUGUGUCUCGAGUUCUCCUCAAUCACAGAGGAGGAUCUUGAACUUGAGAAUGUAGCUCCUGAUCUCGAUAUGGACAGAUCAGGACGCACUCUGAAGGAUGCCGACUUCAAGUUCUGGCAAGAUGCGGUUCUACGAGCCACAAGCGGUAUACUACGUUUUACUACCUUGAAACGCCAAGAGCUCUGGGUGAUUCACUACGAUAGCGCGUCAGCCCGCUUGGAACUGGUUCUCUAUCCAACAUCCAAGCCUCAGUGGUUCCUGUAUGCCAAGCCCGAAUCUGGCAUGCCAGCCAAUUCUCCACAUCGCCCUCUUCUCUCCCAGCCAAUCUUGCGUUCCACAGGAAAAAAUGGGUUCUUCGACGGGCCGUGGCAGUUUGGCUUGCCUAUCACCGAGAAGCUGACUAUCAAAGUGGAAGGCAAAGGCGAGCUUGUCCCUAGCUUCCAGAGCAGCCUCGGUCUGCAAGGCGAGUUCGCGGACGGGAAGGUAUGGGAUAUGUGGAAGAUCUCUGUUAAUGAGGAUGAUGUCGAUCGAUUGGACUUUGACAUCUCCGGUGAAUACAAGCUCUUGCCGGACUGUGGUAACGCGGCUCGAUCCCUGCACAGACGCGCGACCAGUGGUCCAGAUGGCAAGGAGCUUUUCUUUUUCCGCGAUCCGGAACGUAUUCGAUUUGGCAAGUCCGAUAGCUACACGUUCUCCUGGACGCACCGCAGACUUGACCAUGGCGAGGACCGCCCGGUUCUUUGCACACUUGACAAGACUUGGAGGGAGCACGAUAGGAAAGGUGCAGAGAAGAUCACCGCCCACGUCAGCCGGCUGUGGACCAAAGCCAGGGAUUUGGUAAUUACGCCUAUCCAAGAGGGGGAUGCAUCGUAUGCUGUCCCUGUGGGGCCCGUGCCCAUUGAUGUUGAAGCUGGUCACUGUGAGACUGCCACCGCCAUUCUCACCUGUGAAGUUCCUAUUAAGGACGAGAUGGCUGCCCACUGGUCCGAGAAUCAAUGGACGGAAGUCGAUGUCAUUCACGAGCGUGCUAUUUUCCAGAACCUGUCAUGGCUGACGGAACGAGUCAAGACGAUCUCCAAUAUGCAGGACUGGUCAGUCGUGCAAACUGCUGCUUGUGAUCUACCGGAAUGCAUCUCCUGUGCGCCCAAGGCUCCAACCAUCCAGUGGUUCAAAGCACCAAAGAAGGGAGUCAUCGCCAUGGAGGAUAUGGCUGAAGCCGGAAAAUAUGAACAGGCUCUGAAGAGUCGCACCUCGCCAUUUGUUACACAGCUUCGCCUCUUGGAUGGUGUCGGUACGAUGCGCAUUGGCGUCAACUUCGCAUCCCUUAUCCACCGCGCUGCGGCUGCGCUCCCUGACAGGGGGAACAAAGUUGUGCCCGAACUCGCCUGGCGCUUGACGACAGAUUAUAUGCAAGGCUCCAUCCUUGACCUGCCCAAGUUCAGGUUGACGAGCAACCGUCGUGACGUUGAAGCCGCUCAGCCACCGAACUUCAAGAAGAAGGUGCCACUGCGCAAAGAGCAGCUGCGGUCCUUGACAUGGAUGCUGCGUCAAGAAGCUAAAGGAGCCCGACCAUUUAUUGAAGAAGAGAUCGUCGAGGCAGUCCUCGAGCCGUUGGGUUGGCGUGCCGAGGGCCGCGCUACACGCCCUGCUGUAAUUCGUGGUGGUGUUCUGGCCGAUCAAGUUGGCUACGGGAAAACUGCUAUAACCUUGGGCUUGAUAGAUGCUGCUUCGCAGAGGCCGCCUCCCGCAGUCGACGCCUCCGUACUACGAGGGCGUAUUCCUGCAUUGCAAACAACUUGCUGCGUCGUCCCACCACAUCUCAUCAAACAAUGGCCGUCAGAAUUCCGCAAGUUCUUGAAGCCCGAUGCACAUGAUAUAGUCGUCCUGGAGAGCAUGGCCAGUCUGAACCGAGUGACGAUCGAGGAGAUUCAAAAUGCGAAGAUCGUCCUUGUUGCUUCCAAUCUCUUCCAAUCCAAGGCUUACGUUGAACGGUUGGGUAUGCUGGCUGGCAAGUUUAUGCCCCUGCCUGGCACGGGUUCUGCCCGCCACUAUCGUGACCGAUUGGAUACAGCAUUGUCAGCCCUGCGGCACCAAAUGAGCAGGCUUAUGGGCGAUACCGGGGCAGCAGGCGUUUGGAGCAGGGUGAAGUCGGCCCAGCUUCGAGGCCCAGAAGCCGAGGAGGUCUUCGUGCAGUCAAUAAGGUUGAAGGGUCAAAAAUACCGUGAUGCUCAUGCUAACGACUCUACUGCCAAUGUAUUCAAGAAAGGAAAGAAGGAUGCGGCAGGGUCCAGCCCAGCGUCGAAAAGACGACGUAGCGAUGAUGAGGCUGAAGAGUCUGAAGAAGAGUCUGACGAACCCGCCAUCAAGAAGCAGAAAGCGGCGAAAGCCGUUGUGGACCCCUGGGGCCUUCAGACUAGCAAAGUGAAGAACAAGUGGCAGCAGAUGACCUGCCCGCCACUCGAGGCCUUCCUUUUCGAACGCUUGGUCGUGGACGAAUACACGUACCUAAAGGAUGCCCCCCUUGCGUCGGUUACCAGACUCAGCUCAGCAUAUCGGUGGGUCCUCUCUGGAACGCCCCCCGUUCACAACUUCGCUGCGGUCAAAACAAUUGCAGUGUUUUUGGAUGUUCAUCUGGGCAUUGACGACGCCGGUGAGAUGAAAGGUGAGCAAGGUGGAAGAGGCAGGCACGCUAAGAACGAGCAAACAUCUGUGGAGAAGUUCCAUUCUUUCCGUGAAGUACGUUCGCCUGCUUGGCAUGCCCGCCGCCAUGAGAAGGCACAAGAAUUCUUAGAUCACUUCGUUCGUCAAAACAUCGCGGAGAUCGACGAGAUUCCUUGCGAGCAAUCCCUCAAGCUUGUCACGCUUCCUGCUGCUGAACGUGCCAUUUAUCUGGAGCUGCUGCAUCAUCUCAUGGCGCUAGACAUGACCAUCAAAAAGGGAAAGAGGGGAGAAAGCGACCGAGACAAACGCCUGGCUCAAUCUCUCGGAGAUAGCGAAUCUGCUGAGGAAGCGCUUCUGAAGCGUUGCUCGCACUUUGACCUCGAUAUGGAUGGCAUAACGCUGGACAAGCCUCACAAGAAGGCAGACAAGAAGGGGAAGAAGGGACGACCGAAGAAGGAUGUCAGCGACGAUGAGUCUGCCAUGGAAAGUGAUGAAGAGGUAAAUGACAGCGGGGACGACAGCGACGUGGCCUGGGUUGCCUCUGGCAAUACCAAAGAUCAGAACCGAAGCGACAACGCCCUUCAAGCGUGCGAUGUCAUUGUGCGCGAUCGAACGGCUCAAAGAGAUGAUUGCGAGCGCGACCUAAAAGAAAAGGUCAAGGAAGCCUUGAUUAUGGAGAGGAAGAUUGGCUCGAUAGAGGAAGACAGCCCCUUCCGCGCCUGGAUGAAGGGAUGUCAGCAACGUGGCGUCAAUGACAAGGAGGCAACUGCUCGUAUCGUUAAGUUGAUUCGCGACGCUGUGGCCAAGCCCACACCUUCGACACCAAACGGGAAGCUAACCACUCGCGACACCAACGUGACCACUUCUCCGUCCUUCGAUAAGGGAAAUAAGGGGCAGAAGGGGAAGUCCAGCAAGAGCUCGAAGAAAGAAAACAAAGCCCCCAAGAAAGCCAAAAAAGCCAAAGAUGAAGAGUACGAGACGGACAACGAUGAUGACGAUGACGAAGCUGUUGGGCCAAAAAAGAAGACCGCCGCAGAUAUUCAAGAGGAGAUACGUUGGGAUCUACGAGAACAGACUCAUGUUCUUCGACGUCUCGAAAAAGAGCUCGUAGGACGUGUUCGAUCACUGCGGUAUUUCGCCAAUAUCCGUGAUCUACAGACUUUGGACAACGAGCAUCGGAAGGCGGGCAUGACGGAGGUAGUGUGUCCCAACUGCCCGUAUACGACGGGACCACUACCCUUGUCAAAUCUCUCCAUUUUGUCAUCAUGCGGACAUAUGGCCUGUCACAAAUGCGUACGUGAGCACGCUGUACGUGAAGAAUGCGUAUACCGCCAGGAAGGCUGCCGUGCACAAGCCCGCGAACUGAAUAUCGUUCAUGCUGAUACCCUUGGUAUGGACGAGACACACGAUCGUAAGACCAAACAUUAUGGCAUCAAGCUAGAGAAGAUCGUACAGCUCAUUAAACACCAAAUUCCUCAAGACGAGCGUGUCCUUGUAUUUGUCCAAUUCCCCGAUCUCACUGAGAAAGUCGCAGCCGCCCUGCAGGCCCACAAAAUCUCUUUCCUCCAGAUCAGGGGAAGCGCCAGCUCGAAGUCGAAGGCGCUGCAAGAAUUCCAGAAUCCAGAUGCUUCGCAGAAAGUGCUUCUCUUGAACGUCAUGGAUGAGAGCGCGAGCGGCGCCAAUCUCACCGUCGCCAACCACGCCAUCUUUAUUUCUCCCCUUUUGGCACCCUCGCAAGAGAUUUAUGAGGCGAACGAGACACAAGCGAUUGGCCGUCUGCAGCGAUUCGGUCAGACCAAGAUGGUUCAUGUGUAUCGUUUCCUUACCACAAACUCUGUCGAUGUCACCAUCUUCGAGGAGCGAAACAAUUACAAGGUCGACCAGACGAAGAAGAGCAGCGUGCUGAAGCAGCAAGAUAUCAAACGGCAUGCGACGCAGCACGAGAAGCUUGUGUUUGACCACAUCGAAGUUCCUUCGUUGGGAUCAGUUGGACAUCGAUCUCGUAAUGUGUCUGCCUCGCCGCCAAUCAUCGCUGCUGAGCCCAUCGACCUGACGAUGAGUGACGAGAGUCCUUCACCCUCCGUUCCUGCACCGACUUCGGCUGACUUGGGCACUGAGCCUGAACCUGUUAUUGUGGCUGCCGCUGUGACCGUCACUGCUUGAUUGAUAAUUCAUACUAUGUAUAGUAAAGGACCACUUGUUCAUCAAUUACGAUUGGGCAAUAUUUGUAUAGCUUCGUCCGGUCAUUUUCAUUGCACUCCUGUAACGCAUCUUGGGUAGCACCGAUCGCCUCAUAAUCUUGAGCAUUGUCAUUUC